ACGAACGCAAUCGAAACCAGAGCUCCUCCAACUGUGAGCUAGGAUUAAUAAUCAACUGUCGGUCGAUCGAUUCCCUAAUCGCCAGGAUGUCGGACGCCAGCAAACAAAUAAUGGCACAGAAAAGCGCGAAAAUUGCAGCUGGGGCUGUUGUGUGUGUUGAAAGCGAAAUAAGAGGAGACGUGACCAUCGGUGCCAGAACAGUUGUCCACCCGAAGGCCAGGAUCAUAGCAGAGGCAGGGCCCAUCAUCAUUGGAGAGGGCAAUCUGAUAGAGGAGCAGGCACUUAUUAUUAACAGUUAUCCGGAGAACAUAAUGCCAGAUUCAGAGGGAGUUGAGCCAAAGACCAUGACUAUUGGAACCAACAAUGUCUUCGAGGUUGGAUGUGUCUCUCAAGCUUUGAAAAUUGGAGACAAUAAUGUGAUCGAGUCGAAGGCGGAUCUUGGGAGAAAUGUGAUUCUGACCAGUGGCUGCAUCGUCGGUGCGUGCUGCCAGGUCAACGCGUGCGAGGUCGUGCCCGAGAACACGGUUGUGUACGGUUCGAACUGCAUCAGGCGCGUGCAGAGCGAAAAGCCGCAGCCGCAAACUCUGCAGCUCGACUUCCUCAUGAAGAUUCUGCCCAACUACCACCACCUGAAGAAGACGGUGAAGGGAAGCGGCACGCCCGUGAGGAACUAGCACGGAGGAAGGAAACCUGCCGCGACACAUCUGCACAACACCGAACUCACACGUUUCCCCCAAUUUGCACUUGCCUUACCUUUAGUGUUGCUCCCUAAUGUCUAACGGAUCACCUGUAGCAUUAAUAAUUACCACCGCACACUACAUUUCCUACUGUGUACGAAAAAACACUAACAUAUCCGACUUCCUCUGGUUUUGCACUUUUGCUUUCAGAUAUUGUUAACAAUUUUGUGACUAUUUAUUACAUGUUUUAGACAUUUUCUGUGCCAUUUUUAGGUCAAUCAGUUACAUUCAUUUAUAUUUAUAAUUGUUACAAUGAACAUUCAGAAAUAUUGCAAUAAAGAUUCUAUCAAAAAUUGGA